GGCCGGCGUCUACAGCUUGCCUCUGCCGCCCAUGCGCAAGAAGCAGCUGGGGUUAGAGUCUUCUACGCAUGCUCAGUUUUCAAGAGACGGACACCGAGUGACAGAAACAGACCGAAAGACCGGCCGGGAACUGUCCCCGAAGGAGUAAACGCAGCCCCGUGUGCCCGUGCAGGGCGCCUCAGAGUCCGGGGAGUGUGACUGAAGCGUGUUGUUGUCGGGAGAGUCAGGCUGGAUAGCUCAGUGUGGGGCAAGGGCUGACAGGCCACACACACCAAAGUGUUUAUUAGUGUCCCCCACCCCCUCCUGCCUGCCGGCCCCGCAGCCUUCUCCUGACAUCUCCGCCGUGCACCCGGACACUCAGCGGCUCCCUAUGGCCUCCCGUGAAUGACAGCUAUUGGGGCUGGGCCCCUCCUUACACCCGGAUAGCGUCCUCUGGUCCUGAGCUGCUCACCCAGCCGGAUCACCAUGGGGGAGACCAAGGUUAUUUACCAUCUGGAUGAGCAGGAGACCCCGUAUCUAGUGAAGCUGCCGGUGCCCUCUGACCGGGUCACCCUCGGGGAUUUCAAGGGGGUGCUCAACAAGCCCAACUACAAGUUCUUCUUCAAGUCUAUGGAUGAUGACUUCGGGGUGGUGAAAGAAGAAAUUUCAGAUGACAAUGCAAAGCUGCCUUGUUUCAAUGGGAGAGUUGUAUGCUGGCUUGUCUCCGCAGAUGGUUCACAGUCUGAUGCAGGCUCAGUGUGUGCUGACAGUCAUUCCGAUUUGCCUCCUCCAAUUGAGCGGACAGGAGGCAUUGGAGACUCCCGUCCACCAUCUUUUCAUCCAAACACUCGAGGCAGCCAAGAAAACCUGGACAAUGACACAGAGACUGAUUCUGUCGUAUCAGCCCAACGAGAAAGACCAAGGAGAAAGGAGACAUCAGAACAUGCUCCCAGACUUAAUGGCACUUCAAAGCUGGAGAGGCGCAAAGAUACAGGAGGGUAUGAAAGCUCUUCCACCCUGAUGAGCAGUGAGCUGGACUCAACUAGCUUCUUUGAUUCUGAUGAGGAUGAUUCUACGAGCAGGUUCAGCAAUUCCACUGAGCAAAGCAGCGCAUCUCGUCUAAUGAGGAGGCAUAAGAGACGCCGAAGAAAACCAAAAGCCCCUCGCAUUGAGCGGUCCUCUUCAUUCAGCAGCAUAACAGAUUCUACCAUGUCUCUGAAUAUAAUCACAGUCACCUUAAAUAUGGAAAAAUACAACUUCUUGGGCAUCAGCAUUGUUGGACAAAGUAAUGAGCGUGGGGAUGGAGGUAUAUACAUUGGGUCCAUCAUGAAAGGAGGAGCAGUGGCUGCUGAUGGCAGAAUUGAACCAGGCGAUAUGUUACUGCAGGUCAAUGACAUAAAUUUUGAAAACAUGACCAACGAUGAUGCUGUAAGAGUCCUUAGGGAAAUUGUGCACAAGCCAGGGCCUAUUACUCUUACUGUCGCCAAGUGCUGGGAUCCCUCUCCUCGUGGUUGCUUUACUUUACCUAGAAGUGAACCAGUCAGGCCUAUUGACCCAGCAGCUUGGGUUUCUCACACAGCAGCAAUGACUGGCACCUACCCAGUCUAUGGCAUGAGUCCAUCUAUGAGUACAAUAACGUCAACCAGCUCCUCCAUAACCAGUUCCAUACCUGAAACUGAACGCUUCGAUGACUUUCAUCUGUCCAUACAUAGUGACAUGGUAACAAUUGUGAAAGCAAUGAGCUCGCCAGAAUCCGGUUUGGAGGUGCGGGAUAGGAUGUGGCUUAAAAUUACCAUUCCCAAUGCUUUUAUUGGCUCUGAUGUUGUAGACUGGCUCUAUAACCAUGUGGAGGGCUUCACAGAUCGCCGGGAAGCAAGGAAAUAUGCCAGCAAUCUUCUGAAAGCAGGAUACAUCCGUCACACAGUCAAUAAAAUAACUUUCUCUGAGCAGUGUUACUACAUUUUUGGAGAUCUUUGUGGCAACAUGGCAAAUCUCUCCCUAAAUGACCAUGACGGUUCCAGUGGGACAUCAGAUCAAGACACAUUGGCUCCACUUCCACAUCCCGGAGCUGCCCCCUGGCCUAUGGCUUUUCAGUAUCAAUACACAUUGCCUCAUCCUUACAGCCCACACCCAGGAUUUCCAGAGCCUGGUUAUAGCUAUGGAGGUGGCAGUGCUGGCAGUCAGCACAGUGAAGGAAGUAGAAGUAGUGGCUCCAACCGCAGCAGUACAGAAAAAAGGAAAGACAGAGACCCUAAGACCGGUGACUCAAAAUCUGGAGGGAGUGGAAGUGAAUCUGACCACACUACACGGAGCAGUCUACGAAGAGACAGAGCAGCAAGUGAACGCUCAGUACCAGCAAGUGAACACAGCCACAGGAGCCACCACUCCAUAGCACACAGCAUCCGGAGCCACCAUACACACCAGUCUUAUGGUCCUCCGGGAGUGCCACCUUUAUAUGGUCCUCCAAUGAUGAUGAUGCCAGCCCCACCCCCAGUCAUGGGCCCCCCAGGGGCCCCACCAGGACGUGAUUUAGCCUCCGUCCCACCUGAACUCACCGCUAGUAGACAGUCCUUCCGCAUGGCUAUGGGCAAUCCCAGUGAGUUCUUUGUGGAUGUUAUGUGAGCAAAAUUUACAUCGAUGGUCCUUUUUUUUUUUUUUUGUUUAGCAAGUUUUGUUCUCAAAAUUUUCUAAUUAUUAUUUACAUCCUGAUACUAAGUACAUAAAUGGAGAAGCCAGCACGAUUCCGCUGAGAUGCAUGUGUGAUGUUCGCACGGACCCUCACACUUGCCACUAAUCCAUGCACCUAAUCUGUCAGAUUCUGCUCCAGACUGUGUGUUUGAGCAGAGGGAGGAGGCUGACCACAUUAUUGCCUGGUUGCUUGGCUUUUAUAACAGAUUGAUUUUAACAAAUUAAUAUUGCAUCCGUUUAAAACAAACAAAAAAAUGCCAGUAAUGGAAUGGAUUUACUCUUGUUUUGCUUUUGUUCCCUUUACAACUGUGUUUCUUUUAUUAAGCAGCCAAGAAUUCGGGGGUCUUUGACUUUCUCUGAGCAAGUUGCCAGUGAAAGUGCAUGAUCCUCAGUCGGAGGGUAUCCCUUCCUUGAACAUAUCAUGACGUCAUUGUAUAGAUGAAGAGAAUCCAUUGCCACAGGAAGAUUUUGGUCUUUAAGUAGAAGACGACUGAUUGGAGUGGAGCACCACAAGCCUUACAUAUUCAUAAACCACAAUGAACAUGACUAUUUUGCCUUUGGAGUGCCAUGAUUUUUCUUAUCCCAUGUAUAAACUGAUGUACAUCAAACCUCAUACUCUCAUAUCUACUCUUGCAAAGAAUUCAACCAUUAUUGCUCCCUUUUCUAAAGGUACCUAUUUUUCAAGAGUAGUAGGGAUCUUAUAGUACAUCAUCUUGUUUUGUCUGUACUCCUCUCCUGUCAGGGAGGCCUGCUAUAUUUUUCCCCAUAUUUUAUUUUUGUGUUGCAGUAUAUUGCACAUCAUUGCACAUGCAGUUGCUAUGUGCAAGUAUUCUUUGAUCACCUUUUAACCCAUAUAUGGUGCUAUUACAAUAUGAAAAAAACUCUAAACAAAAUGUGAUUAUGUGUGUGUGUAUGUAUGUGUAUAUAUAUAUAUAUAUAUAUAUAUAUAUAUAUAUAUAUAUAUAUAUAUACACACA